AUGAUUGCGUUUGGUCGCGAGUCGGACAGACCGGAGCAUGAAUUACGUACCGAUUACUCCAACUCGCCCUUCAAGACUUAUGUUGACUGCACAUUGUGGUAUAUGAAGGGAUACAAGAAGCUGGAUCUUCUUGGGUUCUCCAACGGUGAUAGGAUUUCACUCAGGACGGAAGCUCCAGCCGCCGGCAAGUCAAUGGCUGUCAUUGGCGGUCGAGCAAGAGAUGAAGCACGGAAUUCCACCAAAGAGAAUCUCAAGGUCUUACCCAGCUGGGUGCCCACAUGGACGUUUAUGAAUGGCAAGCGCCAGAUCUUGAACAGUUUAUCCAAAAUGUCGGAUGUCGGCAUAUCAAAGCGGAAUCAUGUCUAUAGAGCUUGUGGACGUCACCAUCAUGUCACGUGUCAUUUUGAAAAUGGGUCGAAGAGACUUGUCGUUCACCUCUCUGUGCCUGUGGUCAGGGUGUCGACAAUUGAUCCUAUCCAAGGUCUUGAAAAACUCGUGGAUCGAAAACAACGAAAGCGAGAAACGAACCUUGGACUGGACAAAAUUUGGGAAACCAUUGAUAAAGAAAGCCAAUGUCCCUUGACGGGAAGAGACAUGAAGUCUGUUCUAGACCGAACAACUCGAGCGGAUGUUCACGUCUGGUUCAAUAAAGAAGGGGUCAUGAAAUUCAGCCGAAUUGACGAAAGCAAUUUGGAUGAUGAAGAAGCUGCAAGGUCGCAUCCUCUUCUUGGUCGAUCGGGCUAUCGACCGGCCGUGGAUCCCUCUGGUGACCUGGCCGUCUACUGGAUGAGUACUGGCCGCACUCUUUUUCUCACUGAAUCCACACCUGAUGGAUCCCCCGGUCUUAUAGGUCUUGGACCGUGGAAUGCAAAAGCAGGUGAUGAGGUAUGGUUACUCCAAGGAUUCCGGGUCCUCGCCAUCCUGCGCCCGCUCCAAAUUACAGAGGAUUGCACCUAUGGCUCUAUGGAUCUGGAGACCGGCGACGCCAAAGACAAAUUUCUCCCAGCUGGAGAGACGGUGUAUGAAUAUGUCGGUGAAGCCUUCAUACUCGGUCUCAUGGACGGCGAGAUCAUCGAUAUGCUUGGCUCACCGCCAAAAAGGCCUCGUCCACCAACCCUCGUUCAAAUGGAUAAAGAUUUUCGUAAAAUCGGUCUGGUGUAA